UACAGAACGUCGCAACCAAGGGCAAAGAUGGUCCUCGUCCCACCAGCGAUGAAGCGGCUCCACGCUCUCCAGAAAAGUGCAUCUCAGAUCUUCAUGACGACAUUCAACCCAACCAACGCACGAACCGGAAACAAAAUCCUCAGACAACGACUCAAGGGACCCACGGUGUCGGAUUACUACGUCAGGACGAAUAUCACCGUUGCUAAAUUCGUCAGGGAUUUCAAUAAGAUGCGGGCGGGGAUGAUCGAGAAUGGCACUGUUGAUGAGCGAGGGAUUGGGAAUCCUAUGGUCAAUUUGGCGGAAGAACAGCGGAUUAAGGAGAACGAGGUACGGAGGAGACGUGGAAAGGGACCCCCGAAGAAGGGACAAGGAAAGCGUGCGACGUCCGGAAAGAAGCGUUAACCUGCGAUCAUUACUGGGAAUUUCAU